AUGGGAACGACUUUUGUGCAAGUCUUUGCCUUGUUUCUCGGACUUUCUGCCACAGUUCUGCUGAUUUUAGCCGAUGUUACAGACUGCUGGAGGAAAGAUGCAAAAGACGCGUUUUCCUCGGUGGGUCUGAGCUACAGGUGCCGAGGCCUGUGGAGCGAGUGUGUUUACGACAUCACUGCUGAUUACUGGACCUGCGACAUCCACACCUCGUUUUUGGGUCAUCUCCCCAGCGACCUGGUGAUCACUCGUGCCCUUGUGAUUGUGGCCAACGGGGCCUGUGUGGCGGCCGCAUUGAUCCUCGUCUGCGGGAUGAAAUGCACCAGGAUUGUCGGAGACAGCGGAGCAGAGAAAAGCAGACUCACCCUGUGCGCUGGAGCCAUGGCUCUCAUCGGAGGAAUGUCCGGUGGCAUCGGGGUGAGCUGGUACGCGGUGGAAACGGUCAUUAAAUACCGGUUUGAGGUUGGCUUCAGGAUUCCUGGCAUCACAUAUGAGCUGGCGGUCUCCUUCUGGCUGGCGGGGGCAGGGGUUCUGUGCCUGUGGCUAUGUGGGACAUUACUUGCUACAACACUGUGCGUGGGGCUGGGGGCCCGAGGGACAGGGAUCAAGGGCUCGCUCCUGGCUCCCAGGGACCCUGCCAUGGGCCGGCUUCCGACACCCGGCCUGACAGACGGGAAGACCUACGUGUGA